UUUCUCUCUCAUCCUCAGAGAGACGACGACGGCGGUGGCGGCGGCCCAGCCCGGCUCGCCUAGCCCAGCCCAGCAUGAGGCUGACUCUGCCAUUACAAGGAGUCCCACACAGCGAAGCCCGGGUUUAAAAUGCGCCUCCUGCUCAGCAGUCCCCUGCGCUAAUGUAUUUGAAGAAAAGUCGAAGCAGUUCGAUAAACGGGAUCGGAAAGCAAGAUAAUGAAUCAAAAAGAAAACGAAAGGUAGCAGAAAUCGUCCAGGCCUUAAACAGCUCUCCAGUGGAUGUGGCUGCAUUGAGGAGAAUGGCAAUCAGUGAAGGUGGUCUUCUGACAGAUGAAAUUCGUUGCAAAGUGUGGCCAAAGCUGCUUAACAUAAACACACAUGAUCUAGCUCCCAAACCAGGACCAGAACUCCGACAGAACAAUAAAGACUAUCAACAAGUGUUACUAGAUGUCCAGAGGUCGUUGCGACGCUUUCCACCUGGAAUGCCGGAUGCAGAACGAGAAGUACUGCAAGAAGAACUGAUUGACAGCAUCCUGGAGGUACUGAAGAAAAACCCUCAGCUUCACUAUUACCAAGGUUACCAUGACAUAGUGGUCACCUUCCUUCUGGUUGUCGGUGAGAGAAUGGCAACAGCCCUAGUGGAAAAACUUUCCACACAUCAUCUCAGGGAUUUUAUGGACCCAACCAUGGACAACACAAAACACAUUUUAAAUUACCUUAUGCCAAUAAUAGAGAGAGUUAACCCAGAAGUACAUGACUUCAUGCAAAGAGCUGACGUUGGUACUAUCUUCGCUUUGAGCUGGCUGAUAACUUGGUUUGGUCACGUGCUUUCAGAUUUCCGGCAUGUGGUUCGGUUAUAUGACUUCUUCCUCGCGUGCCAUCCGCUAAUGCCCAUCUAUUUUGCUGCAGUGAUUGUGUUAUACCGGGGACAUGAGGUCCUGGAGAGUGAAUGUGAUAUGGCUGCUGUCCACCAUCUGCUUUCCCAGAUCCCACAGGACCUGCCAUACGAGACCCUGAUCAGCCGUGCUGGUGACCUCUUUGUUCAGUUUCCUCCGUCUGAACUUUCCAGGGAGGUUGCCCAGAAAGAGAGCACCGCAGUCUCAACCUUCAAGGAUUUUGAACUGGUGUCGGCUCAGCAGCGCCCUGAUGCAGUGCUCCGGAGGCGAUUCAGAGAACAGCUCCAGCAAGAACCCAGAACAAGUGCGAUUGUGACAAUAACAGGGACCAGGAGGUUGAUAAAACUGGCAGUGAUGGGGCUGACUGUGGCACUGGGGGCAGCAGCCUAUGCAGUAGUCAAUACUGCACUGGAAUGGGCACCAAAGUUUGAACUGCAACUUUUUCCUUGAGAAGGAAGAACAUUUUUAGCCACUUUACAAAUCCCCAACUACAUAUUGAGGGUGGGACACACUACUUUUCUUUGUCAUCGCCUUUUAUUUUUAGUUUAAAAUGUGUCAUUAAAGACUGCAAGCAGGAUAAAAUACACUGAGUUAAGGGUUAGAUUGGGUUGAACACUAACCUUUUGUUUGCUAUUUGGUGAAUGAUUAACACCAACAUAAAGCUGCAAUAUAUUGCAGAAUAUCCAUUUUGCUGUCACCUUUUUUAAAAAAAAUAAAAUCUUGAGAUAUUGACCCAUUUUAAAACCUACUGCCACUAAGUGAUACAGUAUGAAUUUGUACCGCUGAGUUCUCAUAUAGUGUGUUGCCAAUCUCAGUCACAUUAUCAUUGCCAAUCUCAGUCACAUUAUCAAGGAAAGGAAGUGAAUUUGCGUUGAUGAGCAACAUUGAAGAGGUAUCCUGGCCAACUUCUGUCCAUUCCUAGGAGGCUGGAGAGCUAUUUUAGGCAGUAGCUUGACCGAAUUAAUUUAUCUGCCCUCUCCAUUAGAAUGUUUGGCUGAAGUGGAAAAUCCAUGUCAAGCCACGAAAAUGGUCCAUUACAUUUGCAGUAGUUAACAUCUUUAUUCCACUUGUUACUUAACCUAAUUUUGGGAUUGAUGUAUUGUAAUAUAACUUUUUGAACACUCCUUUCUGAAAGGUCUGGUUUUGACCCUAGCUAAAAGAGAGCAGACGAAGUUCCAUCUCUGGAGAUUGAUGAAAACCAUCUGGUUCACAUUCUCCCUGCAUAAUUGGCAAAGUAUCAUGUUGUAGUGAAUGUGACUGAUUUGAAAAUGAUUUCCAUGGAAUUAGCUGGCCUCUCAGAUUGGCACCAAUGGAGUGGUACUGUUGGCUGCGUAAGAGCCUGACUGUGGUUCCUGCUCCAUUAUGCAAUGCAGUGAUUUCUGCUGUAGUGUUCAAGUUGGAUGGAAUGAGACUUAGCUGAGCUGCCUUUUCUUACUUGAUUGGAAUACCAACAUUCAUCAUUAUGUUGGAAUACCAAUAUGCAACAUUAAUAAAGAAUGGUCACUUUGCUAUUGCCUUGAUGCUGCACCACAGUGGGCGUCAACACCUUGAAAAGGGCAGAAAAUAGUUUUUUUUUGAAAAAAGCUCAUCCAUUCGUGGAAUUAAGUCACAGGACAAAAGCUCUCAAUUCUGACACUUAGCUCCACCAUCCUGAAGUAUGGAUAAUAAAAGUAUUUGAGUCUAGCAGGGGGAGCGGUGCAGGGUUUUGGGUUUCAGAUAGAUGAUCAGCCCAUGUGUAGACAGGAUGAGUUUGGUAUGCCAGUCAAUUGAUGAACUUCUUGAGUGGCAUUCCCUCAGGAUAGUUAUACUUCUGUCUUUUUUUUUCUGUUCUCCCUUUACUACUCCAAAUUGUCCUGCUUUUAGCAGUGCUUACAUGCACCUAGGUGACUAGGUUUUUCAACUAUCGCCUGCAGGGUACAAUAGCUUUUCUCUUCGUUCAGCUACCCUGAACAUGUUUAUAUUAAAAACCAGAAAAACAUCUUGAAGUAAAGGUGAAAAGUACGACUGGUUGGAUCACUUCAAGACCAAUUAUUAUAUUUUUGUAAAUAUGGAGAGUCAUUGCAUGCAAAUGAUUAGCAGGAUCUGUUCAAAAUAAGUGACACAUGCAUACAGGCUUAAUAUCCAAGUGUUUCAUUAAUACGCCACUGUUACAAGCAGCCCGUCAGAAACUUCUUUUAAUUGUAAUAUAUUGCAGCCUUAAUAUAUGGUGAGUCAGCCACACUAACCUCAGUACAAGGCUUCUUAAUUUGUAUAGUUAGCCCUUAUAAGGCUAUGUUGCUAGAGACUCUGGUAUGAAGAAAUUAUGUCUUGAUAAUGUACUGUUAGCCUUGAUAUGCAAUACACAAAAAUUUAACCCUGA